GUGUAUCGUAGACAGCCUUUGAUUUGAUUUAUUACCUUUCUGCUUUCAUAUAUUUAUUGGCCUGUGCUUCCUACAGGACUAUCAACUCAUACAGCGGCGUCUGUCCCAGAGCACGCUCCUUGGAGAUGACAUUGAACGGCCUCCCCCCUAACAAAGGCAUCGUGAUUUUCUCCGGGGGAAGCGCCGCAAAUAAUCUUGUCGAUGUCUUCAAUGCUGUCAGAGAAAGCAAGGACUGUUCCCUGACCUAUGUCAUCCCCAUCAGCGACAAUGGCGGCUCAUCAUCGGAGCUGAUAAGGAUAUUCGGAGGCCCUGGAAUUGGCGAUGUGAGAAGCAGACUCGUUCGUCUGAUUCCCGACUCGCCUCCAGGCUCAGAACGGGCAGCCAUCAAGGCAAUUUUCAACCAUCGUCUUUCCACGGAUGCUUCGGUUGCUCACGACGAGUGGUAUUCAAUUGUCAAUGGCACGUCUGAUCUGUGGAAGUUAGUUACGCCUGCGAAGAAGGAGUUGAUCCGCUCGUUCUUCAAUCUCUUGAACAUGGAGAUUCUCAAGCGUGCCAGACCCCCUUCGUCAACCUUCGACUUCACUUCUGCCAGUGUGGGUAAUCUGUUCUUGACCGCUGCGCGGCUCUUCAGUGGCAGUUUUGAAAGCGCCAUAUACCUCCUCAGUAGCAUCUGCGGUGUGCCGUCAGAUCUAGUCCGCGUCAUUCCAGCCAUCAACUCCAACUUUUCUCAUCACAUCGCCGCAAGCCUCGAAGAUGGGACCAUAAUCGUAGGCCAAAACAGUAUUUCGCAUCCCAGUGAGGCUACAGCAUUGCAGCCCAAGCCAGGCUCGAGACGCCCUAGCUUAUUACUUGCGGACAGCGAGGAGAUUGACGACAGCCAGCCAUCCGAUAGCUCAGACGCAACGACAUACGAGGAAGACCAUCUCCCUGGCUCACUGCGUUCUUUGCGCGACAAAAAUAUUUGCUACAGCAAAACUGAAAACGAGGAGCUUCGAUCUAGAAUCUCUCGCGUCUGGUACAUCAAUCCUUACGGCCAGGAGAUUCGGCCACCGGCGAACCCACGUGUGAUUGAUGCCCUUCGGGACUCCCAAGCCAUUAUUUACAGCAUCGGUUCUCUCUACACAUCUAUCAUACCGUCCCUCGUUCUCCGCGGCGUUGGGCAAGACAUCGUCCUGAGUCCGGCUCGCCAUAAAAUUCUCAUUUUAAACGGGUCCCUGGACCGCGAAACUGGCCCUGCCUGCAAGCCAUUUACGGCGGUCGACUUUGUUGAAGCUAUAGUUCGCGCAGGGGAGGAGAGCCGUGGAUGGAGAUCAGACCGAUUUCCCCGGAAGCCUUUCUCUUCGGUACGUUCAAUAGAGCAAGAGAAAGAGAGAGAUUCUCCGCUGUCUCUUCCUUAUAAUUCAUACGUGACUCAUGUCCUUCAUUUGGAUGGUCCUGGCACACCUAAAGUGGACCGCGAACGCCUUACUCAGAUGGGGAUUGAAACCGUCCGGCUGUACGGACGGGCAAUCACGGUCACGGACGGCGAGAGGGAGGUCCCUAUUGGAAUGCGAUACGAUUCGAUUGGCCUUAUUCAGGCCCUUGAAGUAGUCUUAGGAAAGAAGGGUGAUGGGAUGCUCCGGGGCCCAGGGAACGGUAUGAGUAGAAGUAGGCGGAAUACGACGGAGCAUGCUGGGAGGAAAGAAGGAAGAUAG